AUGCCCAUCACGGAGUAUACUAGCGCGCACGUGACCAACGGUCAAUCAGUCACGUGCAAUGGCGUCGAGCAGCCUUCGAACGGAGCUACCGCGCAUGCGCACCACGAACAUGAGGAGUUUCCAGCCCUUACUGCUGCCUUUUGGCAGGACACUUACAACCCAGGAGAGGAAACAGGUUACGAGCAGCUGUUUGUGAACACAGAUCUACCGGCCGAGCAGCCGUGGCCCACAUCCUCUCAACCCAAGGUCACGGUCACUGCCGAACAUGAUCAGCCUCACCACCGUGACGUCAUCGAUGCGGCGGCGCCACCGGCGUUUAGCGGUGCAGAGCGACAGAGCUGGCACGACGGCAGCGAUGAGUCACGGGUCAAAGGUCACGACUGGACGUCCGCCGCUGCCACUAACGUGCCGUCCGUAAAUCGCAACGAUGCGGCGUCCUACAGCGCCACCUAUGGAGCUGGCGCGGUAGGGGGCAGCACAGGUCAUCACGGAGCCCCGUACACGCGCGAUGCAUCCUGGGGGAAUGAGGAGCUCUCCUACGCGAGCCCUACAGGACUGCUCAAGGUCGCCCGCACGCGCCGCGAUCGCCGCCCGCACCGUCACCAUGACGACGGUUACAUCAGCGAUGGUUACAUCAGCGACGGCUAUGACGUCAGCGACGGCUAUGACGCCAACGACGGCUACGUCAGCGAUGGCGCCCUCAUGCGGCCGUCCUCGUCCAGACACAAGCACCGCGGCGGCGGUCUUUCGACGCCAGCACCCCUGGCGGCUACCGACAACAGAUUCGACCAACGAGGUCUCAGCGGUGGAGAGAUGACGUCACACUACCCUGUGCGGAGAGGUGGCGGAUACUGGGGUUAUCACGGGGGAGACACGAGCCGGGGAGAAGCAGGGUAUGGUGAUUACCGCAGCAUGACUGCGGGCUGGCAGCCGUACGGCCAGCACACAGACAGUGACGUCAGCAGCGUCCCGGCGUACCAGCAGACAGGAAGUGACGUUAGCAGCAUGCCAGUGUACCAGCAAACAGGAAGUGACGUCAGCAGCGUCCCGGCGUACCAGCAGACAGGAAGUGACGUCAGCAGCAUGCCGGCGUACCAGCAGACAGGAAGUGACGUCAGCAGCAUGCCAGUGUACCAGCAGACGAACACUGCAGAGAACAACUGGCCCUCUGAACAGCUUUGGGCUGCAGAGAACAACUGGCAAUCUCAGCAGAACACUAUAGAAAAUAACAUGAUUCCUGCACAGCAGAACUCAGCAGAGAACAGCUAUUCUUCCGAACAGCAAAGAACUACAGAGAACAAUUGGCCCUUUGUACAACAGAACAAUACAGAUUACAAUUGGCCUUUUGUAGAACUGAAUACUGCAGUGAACAAUUGGCUUCCUGUUCAACAGCACAAUACUACAGUGAACAACUGGCCUUCUUUGCAACAACAGAACAAUACAGAGAACAACUGGCCUUCUGUAGAACAAAACACUGCAGUAAACAAAUGGCUUCCUGUUAAACAGCAGAAUACUACAGUGAACAACUGGCCUUCUUUGCAACAGCAGAACACUACAGAGAACAACUGGGUUCCUGUUCAACAGAACACAGUUGAGAAUAACUGGCCUUCUGAACAGCAACAGAACACAGUAGAGAAUAACUGGCCGUCUGAACAGCAACAGAAUACUACAGAGAACAACUGGGUUCCUGUGCAACAGAGCACAACAGAGAACAGCUGGCUUUCUGAACAGCAGCAGAACACAUUAAAGAACAACUGGCCGUCUGAACAGCUAGAGAACACUGCACCAAACAACUGGCCUUCUUUGCAACAGCAGAAUACUACAGAGAACAACUGGGUUCCUGGGCAACAGAACACAACAGAGAACAACUGGCCUUCUGAACAGCAACAGAACACUGCACCAAACAACUGGCCUUCUUUCCAACAGCAGAAUACUACCGAGAACAACUGGGUUCCUGUGCAACAGAACACAACAGAGAACAACUGGCCUUCUGAACAGCAGCAGAACACAUUAGAGAACAACUGGGUUCCAUCACAAACAAACACUGUAGAGAACAACUGGCCUGCUGUGGAACAACAAAACAAUGUAGAGAACAACUGGGUUCCUUCACAACAGAACACUGUAGAGAACAACUGGCCUGCUGUAGAACAACAGAACACUGUAGAUAACAACUGGCCUGCUGUAGAACAACAAAACAAUGUAGAGAACAACUGGGCUCCAUCACAACAGAACACUGCAGAUAACAACUGGCCACAUGUACAACAAAGCAAUGCAGCGAGCAACUUUCCUGCUACAGAAUGGAACAGUGUGAUGUCGAAUGAGCCAUCAUCUCAUGAGCACAUCGUAGCUGACAGCUCACCACUAACACAGCAAACCACCGCACCGUGUCACGCGCCUCCGCCACCAGUAAACGUCCAACAGAACAAGAGCACACGUUCGGAACAUGCCAAAAACCGCGGUCCUGCGUCGUUCAACCCCGUAGUGCCUUGCUCCCCUGCUGGUGGCAGCAAUGGUAGAAGCGAUACGUCCAGUAGUAACUCCAGCAGUCUUUCCCGCCACCUCUUCGUCCCAACCUCCUCGCCGGUAGGUGACAGCACCAGCAGCCGCCCCCAGCACCUGUGCACGGAGCGCAGGCACGCGCGUCCGCGCUCUCGCAUCAAGAUCUUCGGCAGCGUCAUGGGCGACGGCACGCUGGUGAACGAGACGAGCGGUGACGUCAUCGCACGCGCGCGCAUCCGCGCUAAGGACGAUAGAGCGCUACAGGAGGGUCACGCGAUCGCGCGCGCACCGCGCAACAAGACGCUCACAGAGAGACCCGUCUACACGUCGCUGGACGGUGGCGCCACCACGCUGCCGGCGCGCGCGGGGAGGCGCUGGGGAGGGGCGGACCGUGCCAGGCGUGCGGGAGAUGUUAAGGGCAGCAGCAGCAGCAAGCCCAUCUCACUCGCUACAUUGCUUGUAAAAGAGCACGCCAGAGCGCAGGGCGGACGCGCCGCGGAAAAAACACAGCCAGAGGACGCUGAUAACCCGGGCAGUGGUAACGGAAAGGGUUUGAAUCUGUCACCAGAGGGCGCUAAGCAGCAGGGCAGCGGUAGUGGUGAGGGAUUGAUCAGCAAUAGUGACGUCAUCUUUCACGAACCUCAGAAGCUUUACUGCUCCAGUCAGACUAUCAUACUGAGCCCCGCACAUAGAGAGACGGACGAGCAGGCGAGGGCAGGCGAGGCAGCGAGGCAAGAUGAGACAGAGAGACAGAAUGUUACAGAGAGACAAGGUGAGACAAUGAGACAGCCAGAGGCAGAGAGACAGUUAGAGACAGAGAGACAGCCAGAGACAGGGAGACGGGAAACGGUACCGAGAUGGGAAGAGAUGCUGAGACAGGAUGAGGCUUUCAGAUCUGAAGGGGAAAUGAAACGAGAGGAGGAGCUGAGACAAGCUGAGCCAUUAAGACAGGCUGAAGCUUUGAGACAAGCUGAGGCUGCAAGACGAGAGGAAGAGGAGCUGAGACAGGCUAAGGCGCUGAGGCAGGCCGAAGCUUUGAGACAAGCUGAGGCUGCGAGACAAGAGGAGGAGGAGCUGAGACAAGCUGAGGCGCUGAGACAAGCUGAGGCAUUGAGACAAGCCGAGGCUGUGAAACAAGAGCAGCUGAGACAAGCUGAGCUAUUGAAACAAGCUGAAGCCGUGAGACAAAAAGAGGCCAUGAGACAAGCUGAGGCAUUGAGACAAGAUGAGGCCAUGAGACAAGCUGAGGCCGUAAGCCAAGCUGAGGCCGUGAGACAAGCUGAGGCCGUGAGACAAAAAGAGGCCAUCAAACAAGCCGAGGCCAUGAGACAAGCUGAGGCAUUGAGUAAAGCUGAGGCAUUGAGACAAGCCGAUGCCGAAGCAUUAAAACGGGAUGCGGCGGCGGUCGCAGUAGCAGCAGCAGCAGCAGCAGCAGCUGCAGCAACAGCAGCAACAGCAGCAACAGCAGCACCUCCAGCAGCAGUAGCAGUACCCAGCUACGGGGACGAGGCAGAAUUCAUCCCCUCCAUCCCUCCUCCCAUGUACGGAGAGUGGUUCCAAGAACCCGAACAGUUCCUCUACUGCGCCAAAGAAGAUUCCCUCACGCCGCUGUGGCAGGAAGCAUACAGCUUGAAGGAGGACGUCCGCGCAGUCGCUCCGGAGGCGCCUCCUGGUGACAGCGAGGCACCGGCGGAGUCGACCUUGAUUGACCACCUCGUUGUGAACUUUCACUCUCCCAGCCAGCAGCACCAGCAGGCGGGUGUGGCGAGCCGGGGGGAGGAGCAGGAGGAGGAAGGUGCGCAGGCGAGACCGCGGGAGAUGAAGCCCUCCCUCGCUCUUCUUCCUCCUCCUCAGCUUCCCGACCCGACACCCGCCGAACGCUCGUGGCUCAGACUGCUCUCACAGUCACGUGACCCGCUCGUUGCCCGGGCCAACGACAGCGGCAUCAGGAACUUUGAUCUGAGUACGUUCUCAGAGGAUGAGGAUGCUGACGAUGGGAUGCUAGCGCGGAGGCAGCAGCAGCAGCGAUCCCGCCGGGCUGGACAGCGGUCAACGGUCGACCAGCCGCAUCCCGGAACCCCGCAUCAUCCCUCGCAGCAUCCCUCCCAGCAUCCCUCCCAGCAUCCCUCCCAGCAUUCCUCACAGCAUCCCUCCCAGCAUCCUUCCCAGCAUCCCUCCCAGCGGCAGACAGACAUAUUCCCUGACCGGUCCGUAGAUCGCACGACCGCGCGUGUGGACAAUAUCGCCGGCGUCGGACGCCCUGCGAGACGGGACACACCUGCACAUUUGUCAAGCUCGCCAGCGGAUCCGUGCCAAGGUGUUCCUGCAGGGGAGAUCCCGCUGUAUCAGUGGGAAUCUCCCGACGAGAGCGAAACCAACACGCCGUCUCUCACACAGCUUCCCCGACGGGACGAUGACGACAGCAGCAGUAACUACGUGAGCUCUCAGCCUCGUACUGUCGGUACCGCCACUACCAGCCAUGACAUCCCUGCAGCAGCAGCAGCAGCAACAGCAAGCUACCGCGCUACACCUCAUAACGUUAGCUACCACAGCGCUCCUCGCGGACGUAACUAUAGCAACGUGCAUCAGAACAGCAAUGGCGUUGGCGACAAUAUUGCCCAAAGCAGAAGUAACCAUGACAACUCACAUCAAAGUUCAGCAGGAAUAGAUAACAAUAUGGCCCCGGAUGAUAGACACCGAGAUAAUGGGAAACGGAAUGCUGGUAUGGCUUACAAUAUUGUUCCAGAUGCCACUAAUUAUGACAGCUCACAACACAACACUGUUUACAACAUUUCGCCAGACGUAAGUAACUAUGGCAACUCAGAACAGAAUGCUGGCAUGACUGAAAGCAUUGAUGGGGGCGCAGGCAGGCACGCGGGCAGAAAUGAAGCCAUACAGAAUUCAUACCAGCAGCUUCCUCAACAUCAGUACCAGCAGCAGCAGCCUCAGGAUAAGAACCACCACCAACACCACCAGCAGCAGCAGCAGCCGCCGCAUCAGUACCAGCAACAGCCUCAGCAGCAGCAUCAGUACCAGCAGCAGCCUCAACAGCAGCUGCAGCAGCCUCAGUACCAGCAGCAGCCUCAGCAUCAGUACCAGCAGCAGCUGCAGCCACUUUACGGCGCACGGGGAGCUGAUGGUAUAGGCAGCACAGCGGGGCUCCCGCCAUCACCGCGCACACCGACAACAAACACACAGGUUAGCUCUCUCCCUUACAACCCCUCCGCCGUCUCCGCCACCCUGCCCCGCACAACCUCUUCCCGCGCCAACCCGGCUCCGAUGUCCCCCGUCUCCCGCCGCUCCGUCACACACACCCCCGAACAUCCAGCUGUCGACCAGCCUGACCCAGCCAGCGACCCCCGGCGCACUGACCGCCGCACCCACGAGCGGUCGGCCUCUCCGGACAGCGGUCAGGGUAGAGCUGACCCGCGGAUGGGUUAUGCGACGUUCCCGCGCGUUCGCUCCAGAAGCGUGGACGACCCGCGCCGCUCGCGCAGAGUGAUUCCGAUCCAUGUGCAGGGCCUGCCCGACCAGCAGGUGGCGCCACGCGGCACUCCUCCGAAAGAGAGCAGUAGUGAGAAGAUUAUUCCUAUAGAUAUGAAGAUAGAGGGCAGGCAGCUCGGUAAGCUACAACAGCAGCCACAGCUGCCACAACUGCCACAACAACAACAACAACAACAACAACAACAACAACAGCCACAAAAGUCAUGGAAUCAGCCACAAAAGUCAUGGAAUCAGCAACAACAGCCACAACAGCCACAACAGCCACAACAGCCACAACAGCCACAACAGCAGCAACAACAACAGCAGCCACAGCAGCUGCAGCUGCAGAACUAG